AUGGAAGCAGAGAACGGCACCACUGUGAGAGAGUUUGUAUUUCUUGGGCUGACCAGCAAGCCAGAAGUGAAGGUCCUCUUGUUUGCUUUCUUCUUGGCUGUAUAUGGCACAACCAUGCUGGGCAACCUCUUAAUCGUUAGCCUAGUGGCUUAUGCACCUAUCCUCCAUACCCCUAUGUACUUCCUCUUAGGAAACCUCUCAUUCCUUGAUUUCUGCUACUCUAGCAUAACUGCUCCUAAAAUGUUGGCCGGUUUCCUAUCAAAGACCAACACCAUCUCUUAUGUGGGCUGCAUUUGCCAGAUCUUCUUCUUCCACUUCAUUGGCGGCAUCAAGAUCUUCCUUCUUGUCAUCAUGGCCUAUGACCGUUACAUUGCCAUCUUCUGCCCAUUGCGCUACAUGGUCAUCAUGAAUGGGGCAGUGUGUGGUGGCCUGAUGUGUGCCUCCUGGACUGGUGGCUUUGUCCACUCCAUCAUCCAAGUGGCCAUUAUUACCCAGUUGCCCUUUUGUGGCCCCAACAAGCUGGACAACUUCUACUGUGAUGUGCCACAGGUGGUCAAACUGGCUUGUACUAAUACCUUCGUGGUGGAGCUACUCAUGGUGUCCAACAGUGGCCUCGUGACUUUAAUGUGCUUUGUGGUGUUGCUUGUGUCAUACUCCAUCCUUCUGGCCAAGCUCAGAGCAGGGUCUGCACCCAACCGGAGCAAAGCUAUCUCCACCUGUGCUUCCCAUGUCACUGUAGUGACCCUGAUUUUUGGGCCUUGCAUCUACAUUUACAUCCAUCCCUUCCGCAGCUUCCCCAUGGACAAAGCCAUCUCCGUUCUCUAUACUGUCAUCACUCCCAUCUUGAACCCUUUCAUUUAUACCCUGAGGAACAAAGAUUUCAAAGUUGCAUUAGAAAAGCUCAAGGGAAAGAAGCAAAAGAAAUUGACUCCCUGA